UUAGGAUUUUUUUUUGAUAAUCAAUAUUUUACUGUUUCAUAAAAGAUAGAAGAUAGAAGCAUAAAAAUGACAGAUUUUUAUAAUAAAUAUAAAUAAUUAUUUGAGGGAGAGGCCUAAGUUCCUUCUGAUUUUAAUUUUAAAAGUCUACCUAGUGUUCAAUAUGGAGGAUUAAAUUAGAAUUCUAAAGACUACAAUAUAAAAGAAUUUAAGUAGCUCUUUGAUGAAGAAUAAUAUUAGCCUAAAAAAAUGCAAUUUGAUAGUGGGUUUAAAUAAAAUAAUUAUUACUAAGACUCUUUAGAUAAUGCUUAAUUACUUUAGCCUAAAAAAAUCAUAUAGCAAGAUGAACUUACCUCAUUUGGCUCUAAAAAGCCUCCAUUAAAUUUAGGAUAAAAAGAAUAUUUAAAUUUCGAAUAAUUUAACAAAAAUAUAUAGUAUGGAUAAGAUUAGUAACGUUCCAACAGUAGGUAAUCUUAAAAAAGAGAUACUCUUGCAGCGAACGCUGAAAGAUUGUUAUAGUAGGAUUACUCUUCAUUUAAUAAAAAUAUAAAUUCAAACAGGCUUAAUGAUUAUAGUUUAUAAUAUGAUAAUUAAACAAAGAAUAAUAUCAAAGAUAAUUUUUAACAAUUAAAUUAGAAUUCUGCCUAAAGAUUGAGUCCUAACAAACCACCCUAUUAUAUGGAAAAGCAAGAAAGCACAUAUACAAGAAAUAAAGAUAAUUUAUAUAGUCCCAUUACAUCUUAAUAAUAUAGCUAGGGAGUUGCUUAUUAAGGAAUGAAAAAUAAUAAUUAGGCUUAAUUUUUUAGUAGCAGCCAAGAUAAAUUUAAUUCAAGUAAUUAAAAAUAAAUGGAUGUAUCUCCUGUUACAAACAUGAGUAAGUAGAGAAAAUAUUAGGAUUUAUAUGGGAAUAGUGUUCAAUAUUUGGAUAAUAAAAAUUAAUAAAGACAAUAAGAUAGAUCAGAUAACAUAAUAUAGUAAUAGUAAUAAUAAAGUCCGUAGAUUCCCAGAUAAAGAGGGAUAGGAAAUCAAGCUGAUAACGGGCCUAAAUAGUACUAUGAAGAAAGAAAUCAAGGUCUUUUAGAUAUAAUUUAUUUAAAGAAAAAGUUUGUUGAUCACAAAAUAAUUACAGAUGUAAGUGGAUUUCCUGGUUAAGGAUAAUACAAAUAAGCUCUAGUCAAUCGUAUUAUUGCUAGCAAGAAUAUAGAACAAAGAAAGGAUAAGCUCAAACAGUAAUAUAAGACAGACCGUGUUUUUUGA